GCAGCCCCGCUGGACCACCCUUGAGCGCGGGCGCCCCGCCCGCGCCCCCUGCCCGCCGGCACCAUUGCCCCGACGGCGCGGCCGGGCGGCCCGGCGCUCCCUAGGCUCCGCGCCGGCCGGAAAACGCUGCUGGCUGCCGCCGCGGGCGUGGUGAUGCUGCUGGUGCUGGUGGUGCUCAUCCCCGUGCUGGUGAGCUCGGGCGGCCCGGACGGCCACUAUGAGAUGCUGGGCACCUGCCGCAUGGUGUGCGACCCCUACCCCGCGCGGGGCCCCGGCGCCGGCGCGCGGCCCGACGGCGGCGAUGCUCUGAGCGAGCAGAGCGGCGCGCCCCCGCCCUCCACGCUGGUGCAGGGCCCCCAGGGGAAGCCGGGUCGCACAGGCAAGCCGGGCCCCCCCGGGCCUCCCGGGGACCCGGGUCCUCCGGGCCCUGUGGGGCCACCCGGGGAGAAGGGUGAGCCGGGCAAGACCGGCCCUCCCGGGCUGCCAGGCGCGGGGGGCAGCGGCGCCAUCAGUACGGCCACCUACACCACCGUGCCGCGCGUGGCCUUCUACGCCGGCCUCAAGAACCCUCACGAGGGUUACGAAGUGCUCAAGUUCGACGACGUGGUCACCAACCUAGGCAACAACUACGACGCGACUAGCGGCAAGUUUACGUGCAACAUUCCCGGCACCUACUUUUUCACCUACCACGUCCUCAUGCGCGGCGGCGACGGCACCAGUAUGUGGGCGGACCUCUGCAAGAACGGCCAGGUGCGGGCCAGCGCCAUUGCCCAGGACGCAGACCAGAACUACGACUACGCCAGCAACAGCGUGAUCCUGCACCUGGACGCGGGCGACGAGGUCUUCAUCAAGCUGGACGGAGGCAAAGCGCAUGGCGGCAACAGCAACAAAUACAGCACGUUCUCGGGCUUCAUCAUCUACUCCGAUUGAGCUCCCGCCGCCCCUGCAUCCCCAUCCCCUCAGGGCUCCCUCCCCGGAGGGCAGAGGAUGACCCGUCCCCCGCCCACUCCCUCGCUGCCGGCCCUCCCCGGCUAUGACGCCCCCGGCCCGCCCUCGCCACCGCCCGGGCCGGCAGCUAGGCCCUCCCGCCGGCUCGCCGCAGAGCCGGGUCCAGCGCCCCCGUCCCGUCCCGGUCCCUGGGAAGCGGUGUUGACCGCCCCACCCCGGCCCGCACUGUAUAUUUGUACAAUAGGACUGUUUAUU